AUGAGCUCUGUUCAAAAAGUUGAUUUCCUCAGCAGAGGAAUCAAGCUCGUUGGCGAUGUAUUCCUCCCUCCUGGGUACUCCCCCAAUACCAAGUACCCCGCAGUUAUCAUCGCUCAUUCUAUGACUGGAGUGAAAGAACAAGCCCCGCAUGUUUAUUCGAAAGUCCUGGCACCUGCCGGCGAGGGCCAGCCAAGGUAUCUCGAAGACCCAGCCCAACGAGCCGAAGAUGUCAGGGCCGGUGUUACAUAUCUUUCUCUGCGCAAAGACGUCGACUCAGAACGAAUUGGAGCUCUUGUCGUCUGCACUGGCCGAAUGACAAGAGAAGGCCUUGUGGAAGGAAUGGGAGGUCCCGAGAUGCUGCAGCAGGCUCCAGUUAACCCUGCCCUUCCUCCAACCGUGCAGGAUGUCCCCCCGGAAUACCCACCCAUUGUCAAAGAAUUGGCAGAAUACUAUAAAACACCGCGAGGUCAGCACGAACGUGCACCUGGUCUGUUUGCAACCAGAAGUGCGGAUCUUUUGGCCAACUUCGACGCCUACGCUUUCAACUACCUGAUUUCGCCUCGUCCUCUUUUGAUGAUUGCUGGCGCUAACGCUAGCACGAAGUUCUACAGCGAGGAUGCUAUCAAGGCCGCGAAGGAACCGAAGGAGCUUUUCGUCAUCGAAGGACGAGACCAUGCUGCUUUGUACGACAAUGCGACCGAGUCGGGCCCCAAGCUAGUGGACUAUUUCAGGAAGAACCUUUAA